CACGGGGGGGGGUGACGAGUGAUCCACCCGCCCCCCCACAGCCACGGGCCCUGUGGUCCCACAGGGACUUGGGGAGCAGCGGGGUGACCCCCCCCCCCCACGCAUCCCCCCUUCCCCUGCCGGGGCCGCCAGGGUAUUUCCAGGGGGGGUCAGUCCCGCCUGGGGCUGCGGUGGGGGCUCACAGGGCAGAAAUUGGGUCAGAAAGAUCAGAACCCCCUGGGGGUGACAGGGGGGGGACAACCACAGCCCCAGCCAUGGGCUCUGGGGGGGGACAUCGCGAUAGCAACACCGCAGGGACACCCCGCACUCCUGGGGGUGCCCGGGCAGACUGGGGGGCUGGGGUCUCCCCACGCAGCUCCCCCCCAGCUUGGCCCCCUCCUCUCUCAGCCCCUUGUCUGCAGCAAAGCCCCUCUGUGCCACCCCUGCCAAUCCCCCCUCCCCAAAUCACGCCAAAUCCCCCCCUCCAGCCCCGCCAAACCCUCCCCGCCCCGUCCAGCCCCGCAUCCCGACAUAGCCACGGGCUCACCUGGGCGGGGGGCCGGGGGGGCUGCCCAGAUGUUCCAUAUUAAUGAGCCCCCGGUCCCCCCUCCUCCUCCUCCUCCUCCUCCUCCUCCUCCCGUGGGGUCCCUCCGGACACUCCGGGGCUGCCGCCGGACCGGACCUCAGUGCACUCAGACGGGGACAGCGCUGCCACCGCCUCGCCAUGGCCGGAUCCUGCCCCGUCCUCUGGUUCUGGUUCUUGUUCCAAGCCACCUGUCUCUGCCUGGCCCAGAUCCGAGGGCCACCAGGAGAGCCUGGCCCACGAGGGCCCCCGGGACCCCCAGGAGUGCCCGGAGUGGAUGGCAUCGACGGUGACAAAGGCUCUGCUGGAGUCCCUGGGUCCCCGGGUAUCAAGGGGGAGCCAGGAGCCCCUGGUCCAGAUGGACCCCCAGGGAAGCCAGGCAUUGAUGGUCUGACGGGAGCAAAGGGGGAGGCAGGGCCCAGCGGUGGGCCAGGACCUAAAGGCCAGCCUGGACUCCCAGGGCCACCAGGGCUCCCUGGUCCUUCACUGCCAGGACCACCUGGGCUUCCAGGUCAGGUUGGGCUUCCUGGAGAGAUCGGAGCUCUGGGACCCAAGGGUGACCCUGGACCUGAUGGCCCUCGGGGUCCCCCUGGCCCUCCAGGGAAACCCGGCCCUCCCGGACACAUCCAAGGAGUGGAAGGCAGUGCUGACUUCUUGUGUCCCACCAGCUGCCCACCAGGUCCCAAAGGCCCCCAGGGACUGCAGGGGCUGAAGGGACACAGAGGCCGCCCUGGUGCCCUCGGGGAGCCCGGCAAGCAGGGCAGGCAGGGCCCCAAAGGUGAUAUUGGUGUCUCUGGAGAGCAAGGUGUCCCAGGCCCUCCGGGACCACAGGGCCUGAGGGGUUAUCCUGGGAUGGCAGGACCCAAAGGAGAGGCUGGUCCUGCUGGCUACAAGGGGAUGGUUGGGACCAUUGGAGCAGCUGGGCGGCCAGGCAGAGAAGGCCCCAAGGGACCACCCGGGGACCCCGGUGAGAAGGGAGAUCUGGGGGGCAGGGGCAUCAGGGGUCCCCAAGGAGACGUCGGCCCCAAGGGGGAGAAUGGUCUCCCAGGCAUCGAUGGGAAGGAUGGCACCCCAGGGAUCCCAGGAGUGAAGGGCAGCAUGGGACAGGCUGGCCACCCAGGGCCACCAGGACACCGGGGACAAGCUGGAUUGCCAGGCCAGCCAGGAAGCAAAGGUGGCCCAGGAGAUAAGGGUGAAGUGGGUGCCAGGGGACAGCCCGGUGUCACCGGUGCCCCAGGGCAGAUUGGUGAACCAGGACCUCGGGGCGAGCAGGGGCCCCAGGGUGUCCCCGGGGUGAAGGGUGACCGUGGUGAGCGUGGCCCCGUGGGCCCCCCCGGCGAGCAGGGGAAGGUGGGACCCAAAGGUGAGCAGGGUCCACCAGGGAUCCCAGGACCCCAAGGACUGCCAGGAGUCAAAGGAGACAAGGGCUCCCCAGGGAAAACUGGCCCCAAAGGCAAUAUUGGAGACCCAGGGGUUCAUGGCCUGGCAGGGCUGAAGGGAGAGAAGGGUGAAUCAGGAGAGCCAGGGCCAAAGGGACAGCAAGGCAUCCAGGGUGACCUGGGCUUCCCCGGGCCCUCGGGGGAUGCAGGAGCACCAGGCCCACGAGGUUACCCAGGACCCCCCGGCCCCCGGGGACUCAUCGGGGAGCGUGGUGUGCCAGGGCUGCCAGGACAGCGUGGCUUGCCUGGCCGGGAUGCUGGGGACCAGCACAUCGUUGAUGUGGUCCUGAAGAUGCUUCAAGAGCAGCUGGCAGAGGUGGCAGUCAGCGCCAAGAGAGCCGCCCUGGGUGGAGUGGGUGCCAUGGGACCCCCUGGCCCUCCUGGUCCCCCAGGGCCACCCGGUGAGCAGGGCCCACACGGACCCAUGGGACCUCGAGGUGUCCCUGGCCUCCUGGGCGCAGCGGGGCAGAUCGGGAACACGGGACCCAAAGGGAAGCGAGGUGAGAAGGGCGAGCGGGGAGAAGAUGGCCGAGGCCACCCGGGCAUGCCGGGACCCCCGGGAAUCCCAGGUCUCCCUGGCAUUCCUGGCCAGGCUCUGGAUGGCAAACCCGGGGAGCGGGGUGUCCCGGGGUCCCCAGGGGAUGCUGGCCGCCCGGGUCUGCCAGGACCCCCGGGCCUGCCCGGCCUUUGCGAGCCCACGGUCUGCCUGGCGGCCUCAGCCUACACCGCACGCAUGGGGGAGUCGGGGGGCAUCAAGGGACCCCUCUACUGAGGAGACCCCAACCCGGGAUAGACCCGGCCAGCAAGCACACACCAGAGCUGGCAAGAAAAAGACCAGAAAACUGCAAAUCCACACGGGAAGGAGCCCACCAAGGAAAGAAGCAGGGUUGGGGCGAUGGCGGAGAGGGAACAGCCCUGGGGAUGCUGAGAGAGAAAGAGAGGGGUUCCCAGGACCUGUCCUCAUUGCUGGGGUUCAUUACCAGGGGUCCCAGGUCCUGUCCUCAUUACUGGGGUUCAUUAACCACCCGCCUUUCGCCCCUUCCCAGGAAAUAAACUGUCUUUUAUAAAAGCCUCAUGUUCUGUUACGUCCUGCUUGGUGCCAACUCAGCUCGUUGCUGGGUUAUUUUUUGUUCCACCCCCUCCCCCUUUUUUUUUUUUUAAAUAAAACAACAAAAACUGUUGUUUGAUUAUUUAAGAGACUUGCCAGAUCCAGCCUUUUUCACUGCUGGGCA